AAUCUGCUGAUCAAUUAUUCGACUGUGAACCGGUUCACUUGACGCCAGUUUAGAAAAGCAGUGAACCUGGAAAACAUCAACCAUACCUGCGCCUGCUUCCUAGGAGUUACGGUAACCAGGAACAUGCUACCGGAAGACCAUUGCGUCCUUUUGUGAGCUAACACACGUAAUUUUUCCAAACAUAAUACUGGGCGUCAGCAGUGUGAAACAUGUCUGCAGACAUACCACCGGGGAGUCUGGACCUGGAGUCCCAGCUUGUGUCCGUAAUGGAAGUGCUGGUUAAAGCGGCGGUGACAGAAAUCAGUCAGCUGUUCUCGGCGAGCUCGGUGUCCCUCCAGGUACAGCUGAGCCAGAGCCUGAAGGAAAACGAAACCCUGAAGAUGAGGAUGAAGGUGAUGAGGAGUGAGCUUUUCUCCCUGAAGCUGCAGACCAGGACGAACCGACCGGCCAGCCGCUUUUCCCAGAUUAAAGGAAACCUCACCAAGCCAAGGGUUAAACCACUAGUUGUCAUUAAAACACCAGCUGCUCAAAAGACUGUUAGAGAAGCUGUUCCUACUUCUCAACAAUCCGAGAGGAGGAAUUCAUCUGCUCAUUCUCAGGUGGAGUGUGCAGAUGUGGAGAGCCCAGAUGUUAUCCUUAUCAAAGACGAAGACGACAUUGCAGAAUGUGAGCCAGAUAAAGGUCAGGAAGUCUUUGGACACAGUGCCCAGAGUGGUGUUGCCACAGGGAAUUUACAGCCCAUUGGUUCCUCCUCCCUGUCAGAAUAUGAUAUGGGGCUGAGGAUUGUGAGUGUUCAUGGGCGAGGGGAAGGGCCUCUGCAGGAGGAGAGCAGCCUCUUUAACAUCACCCAACUCCAAGCUUUUAGCUCGCUGUCUCCUGACCACAACAUCCCUGAUGACGAUUCUAUUGAUUUCAUUUCUGGAGGCAAUGACAGAGCCCCGAUCAGAGGGGGGCAGGAUAAAAGUGUUGGAGUGUUGAGAAACAGCCAACUGGAUGGAGACAGUUCCACCCUGACAUCUUCAGCAGCAUCAAAUCAAGCAUUACAAACAGGAGUAAGAGGAGCAGGGCGGCUCAGUCAUAUCAACCAGUUUCCCCAGCAGCAAAACAUCUCCCCUCAAAAUCUCAACAAAUCCCUGGACUGCAGCAUCUGUGGUGAGCGCUUCCUCAACCGUGAAGACCUGAUCGCACACCGGGCAGGUCACACCGGUGAGUUGCCCGUUUCUUGCGCAUACUGUGGCAAGUCCUUCUACAACAAGGCCACAUUGAACAUCCAUAUGCGCAUACACACUGGGGAGAAGCCAUUUGCAUGCCCACAGUGUGGGAAACGCUUCACACAGAAAGGCAGUCUGAAGAUCCACCUGAGGAUUCACUCUGGAGAGAAGCCGUACACCUGCAGUCUGUGCACUGCUAGCUUUAACAACCCCAGCAACCUGCGCAGGCACACAAUGACACACAGCGCAAACGGAGCGCUCUGACCAUGAGAGAUACGAGGAUUUUUCAGCAAGGUGUUCACUGACACAAGGCAAAUGUAUUUCCUGUGGCAGUACGUCAUGGUCUUUUCCUUUUUAAAAGUAAACCAUUACAAUUCUUGACAUAUUUCCUGCAAAAGAAAGGAUAAUUAUAAAAUAAAUAAAGAUAGAAAUGCAUUUUCUAUCUUUAUCCUCUGAUUGAGAGACUUCCAGAGCAAGUUAUUUUUACACAAAACUAACUAAUGUGCAGUGUGUUGUUUUCCAUUCAUCAUUCAAAGAAAAUGAACUGAAUUUAAUUUGAGUUAUGUAUGUUUCUUUUUCUCCUUACACAACCCAAGCUGCUUAUUAUACAACUUAAGCUCCAUGCCAAGUCAUUCAUUGUCUAAAUUACAUGAAUUAUAAGUGACCCCUGCAGUAGCCAUCUGGACUUUUCUGACAGGAUGAACUCUUUUAACUGUGCUUGGAUGGCUGAACAUGCAACAGAUUCAUAUUCAGAAGCUAAAAUGGACACAAAUUAACUCUGAAGUAAAGAGAAAUAAUACUACAGUGAGGGAUUGUGACCUGGAUAAAAGUGUUGGAACUGUUUUUAAGAAUAGACUAAUUUGAUUGGUUCAAUUAACAACUGUCUCAAUGCACACAGAUUACAAACAUUUCCUUCAAGGCAAAAUUCAGACCAAUUUAAAAUAAAGGCAUAGAAGCUACAGUGCAGUGAUGUGGUAUGAGAAUAGAUAUGAAGAUAAUUGGUAAAAAUAAUCCAUUCAAAGGCUGCUGUAAAUGGGUGAGUCUCUAACCUGGAUUUAGAAGAACAGAGAGUUUCAGUAGACCUUAUGUUUUGAGUUUGUUAAAGAUAUUUGGAGCAUAAAAACUGAACGUUGCUCCUCCAUGUUUGGUUCCGAAUCAGGGGACAGAAAGCAGACCUGUCCCAGAAAACCUGAGUGGUCUAGAUCAGGGGUUCCCAAAGUGUGGGUCGGGACCCCCUUGAGGGUAGUGAGACACAUAUGGGGGGUCGGGAGAUGUCUUCCAGAAUGUUUUUUUUUUUUUGAGUUAUCUAAAACUAGUACAUUUUACCCAUUAUAGUAAAAAAUAUCGACAAAAACAGUACCUAAGCUUGAAAUAAACUCUUGAAAAUAGAAAGUGUAAUGAGUUUUCUGCCUUUCUUUUUGCCAGAUGACUCCUAAGUUCUGGGUUAGUGAGCAGUUAAUUAUCAAAAGCAUCAGUAGCAGCAGGUUCAUUCAUAACGGUGCAGGAAACACAGCCACAUGCUCAUAUAGGUAGGCUAAUUUUCUGCAGACCAGCUAAAUGAAGCCACAUUAAAUCACUUUGAGGGACAGUGGGGGUCGCAAGUCUUUGGCACCAAUAUUUUGGGGGUCGUGGGCUGAAAAGUUUGGGAAAACCUGGUCUAGAUGGCCUUACUGAAUGAGAAGAUCACCAGCGUGUUCUAGACAUUCAGCACAUUAUCCACUGUCUUGGUAUUAGUGAGGACUCUAGCAACAGUGUUCUGAACCAGCUGCAGCUGUCUAGUUAUUUUUUUAGGGAGACCUGUGAGGACACUGUUGUAUGGACCAGUUUUUCCAGGUCCAGCUGACACCUUUAAUUCAUGAUGUAUUAUUGAAGUGAUAGUAGUCUGUAAUCGUCUUAAUGUGUUUUUUAAAAUUAACGUCUGAGUCUGUGACUACAUCCAGAUUUCUGGCUUGGUCAUUGGUUUUUAACUGUAACAUCUGAAGCUGUUUCCAGAUCAACUGAACAAACAUCUGACUUGGAUUCAUCAAUGUGACUAUAACAAUAGAGCAGAAAUUUUAAAGUUGGCUACCUGUAAGCUCAUUAUUGGGGAACAGCAAUUCACUUCUGCUUUCUUUACAUGUUUGUGUGCUUGUUUUGUUUCAAAAGAAAAACUACCUCUACUGUUGUCUUCUUUGCAGCCUUCCAUCUUUUGUACAUCAGGACGGUUUCAUACUGGGUAAUGUGUGAAAUAUGAAAAUGUGUAUAAAUAUUUAUUUUUCUGAACAAUUUUUCUUGUUUGAUAAACUCAUUUUAAGCCUC